UUCCUCGAAAAAAAAAAAAAAAACCCUAUCUCUGAUCCAAACUGAGCAAAAAAAAAUGGCGAAUAUUCCGAUGGAUAUCAUCACCGAUCUCUUCCUCCGACUACCAGCAACAACUCUCGUCCGAUAUCGAAUCCUCUCAAAACCAUGCUUCUCUCUAAUCGACAGUCCUAAUUUCAUCGAAUCUCAUCUCAAUCAAACACUCCAAUCCGGAGAUCACCUCAUGAUCUUACUCCGAGGACCUCGUCUUCUCUGUACAGUAAACCUCGAUUCACCGGAUAAAGUCACCGACGUUGAACAUCCUCUAAAAACCGGUGGUUUAACCGAAGUUUUCGGUUCUUGUAACGGUUUAAUCGGUUUAUCUAAUUCACCUACUGAUAUAGCGAUUUUCAAUCCUUCCACUCGGCAAAUCCACCGGUUACCGGCUGAAUCGGUUGAUUUUCCGGAAGGUUCAACGACUCGUGGUUAUGUGUUUUAUGGAUUAGGUUAUGAUUCGGUUAAUGAUGAUUAUAAAGUUGUUAGAAUGGUUCAGUGUAAAGGUGGUAAAGCUGAUGAAUUGGUUUUUGGAUUUCCUUAUGAGAUUAAAGUUUUUAGCUUGAAGAAGAAUUCAUGGAAGAGAAUCAAAAGAGUUAUUCCUGCGAUUCAGUUAUUGUUUUACUUCUAUUAUCAUCUCUUGUAUCGUCGUGGUUACGGUGUUUUAGCUAGCAAUAGUCUUCAUUGGGUUCUACCUCGAAGACCUGGACUUAUCGCGUUUAACGCGAUUAUAAGAUUUGAUCUUGAUACGGAGGAGUUUGGGAUUCUUGAUUUCCCUGAGGAUCUUGCUCAUGAGAAUAUUGAUAUUGGUGUGUUGGAUGGGUGUCUUUGUUUGAUGUGUAACCAUGAGUUUAGUUAUGUUGAUGUUUGGAUUAUGAAGGAGUAUAAAGUUGAAGGGUCUUGGAGUAAGUUGUUUAGGGUACCGAAACCGAAGAGUGUUGAGUCGUUUGAUUUUAUGAGACCUCUGCUUUAUUCUAAGGAGAGGGAUAAGAUUUUGUUGGAGAUAAAUAAUGCGAAGCUCGUGUGGUUUGAUUUGAAGAGUAAGAGGUUUAGAACGCUUAGGAUAAAGGAUUGUGAUAGUUCGUAUAGCGCGGAACUUCUUGUGAGUAGUCUUGUUUUGGGAUGUAAAGGAGAUCCUACUGAAGUUAUGCGCCGCAAAGAACGUCUUGCUCGAGAAGAUAAAAUUAUGCAAGAGAGAAACAAGAGGGAUGAUUUUCUAUCCAAGGGAUUCAAGCUAGUGUUAUGAGAAAAGCAGAGGAACAUAGAACCCAAACCCAUAUCAGUGUAAGUGUUAUGAAAUCUAAUGAUAUAUGUGUGUUUUUUAUUCCCUCAAGUUGGUAUUUUUUAAUGAUAGAUAAUUAAUAUUAACGUAGAUG